AGUCCGGCAGGGUCCCAGGGCUGGCAGGAUCCAGCCUGGUGGGAGACGCCCGUGCCGAUUGCCCCUCCGCCGAGGAGCGAGGCAUGCUGGGCUCCGGGCCCUGCGGGAGGAUUCAGGAUCAAAGCCUGAGCAGCGUGAGUCAUGCUCCCCAUGGGUGCUGCCUCCUGGCCGCUCCCUGCGCCCGGAAAGUAGCCGCUCUGCUGCCGCUCCCCCUGCUCAGCACCAUGUCGGAGGGCUGGGUGGACUGCCCCACCCUGGGGCCCGGAUGGAAGCGCCGUGAGGCCUACCGCCGAUCUGGGGCCACCUGUGGACGGACGGAUACCUACUAUCAGGGCCCCAACGGCGAGAAAUUCCGCAGCAAGAUUGAGCUCACCAGGUUCCUGGGGCCCUCGCAGGACCUGACCAACUUCGACUUCAAGAACGGCGUGCUCCGCGACCUGCCCCCCAAGGUCAAGAAGCCCCAGAAGAGACGCCUCUCGCUGUCGGAGCCAGAACCCCUGGCCCCCCCUGAGCAGCCACUCCCCAAACAGCAACCCGUGAAGCCGGAGCCCCCGGAGCAGCCGCCUCCACCCCUCCCAGAGCGACGCCCCCGCAAGCGCCCGGCGGCCCUGCUGGAACCCCAGGAAUCGGAGCAAGAUGCCAUAGUGGCAUGCUGCGCCAGCUGCCAGAACUACUUCCCCGGGGUGAUGCUGCCCAGCCAGAGACGCUGCCGCUGGCUGUGCCCGGACUGCCGAGCCCAGAGAAGAGACUUCAACAGAGAGCAGCGGUUCUUCAAGCGGGUGGGCUGCGGGGCCUGCCAGGCCUGCCAGAUCCCCGAGGACUGCGGCAUCUGCACCGUGUGCGCCGUGCGGGCCAAGAACCCCGAGCUCCGGAUCGGCAGGAAAUGCCUCCUGCGCCGCUGCCUGAAAAUCGUCAAGAAGGGCUUCGGCUGCGGCGUGUGCCAGGGCUGCCAGGCCACCGAGGACUGCGGCAGCUGCUACAUCUGCCUGCGGAGGCUGAAGCCCGGCCUGAAGCGGCAGUGGAAAUGCCUGAAACGCCGCUGCCUCAAGAAGAAGCAGAAAUCGGUGGUGGCGAAGAAGGCAGGGUACGGCCCCCGGAAACUGACCGUAGACGGGCCCCAGCUCGCCCCAGGGAGGCGCCGCAGGAGGCUGCCAGCGCCCGGGCCCAGCGCUGACGGCCUGGCCCCUAAACCUCGGCGCCGUAAGAGAUUAACCCCAGCCACAGCAGCCACAAAAUGGAAGCCGUCAUUGGAGCGAGACCCCAGCGGCCUCUCAGGCUCGUGGCGCAGGAAACAGCUGGGUAAAGUCACGGAGAAGAAAGAAGCCGGGCGGCCCCCGAAACACCCGAGGCCAGGGCCCGGAGCAGCCUGCUCUGCUCCAAGACGGCGGAACCGCAAGUGCGGGGAGUGUGAGGCCUGUCUGCUGAAAGCCGACUGCGGCCGCUGCGACUUCUGCCGGGACAAGCCCAAGUUCGGCGGCGAUAACCUCAAGCGCCAGAAGUGCCGCUGGAGACAGUGCCUGCGAUUUGCAAUGGAGAAGGAGCGCCCGCCGGGCGGGGAGCUGCGGUUCCUGGCGGAGAAGGGGGUCGCCGAGGCGCCCGGGCAGCUGGUGCUGCUGAAGGAUCGGCCGGGCAGGGACUUCGUCCUGCUCCGCGACGCUCCCCAGAGCUUCCCCCUCCUGUUGCAGCAUGUGAAGGAGGAGCCGGCCACACCCCCACCCCCUGGCCGCCUGGAGGAGCCAGCCCCCACCCCGGUCCUCGCUGCCCCACCCCUGGUGAAGCAGGAGAAGGUGGUGCCCGGAUGGAACCUUGCACCAAUCAUGGAGAUCUACAGCCUGGGGGCGCUGGCGGGGCGGGCGCCCCUGGACCCGGUGCUGCGGGAGUUCCUGGCCGAGCUGCAGGAGAUCCCGUUGCCGGCCCACUGGGAGGUGCAGCCGCCCCUGGGGGGGCCCGACCUGCGGCUGGUCCAGCGCUCGGCCCGCUCCACCAUGGCCGCCACCGUCAUCCACAUCCGCCCGGGCCUCUUCUUCCAGGUGGUGGUGCGCCAGCUGCCCGUGCCCCCCGAGCACGAGGUCUACGCCAGCCACCCCGCCCGCCUCACCACCGUGGACGAGGUGGUGGAGCUGAUCUGCGACCUGGAGGCCUAUCGCCUGUGCCCGGGCUGGCCGGCCGGCUGGCACGCGGGGCAGCGCUCCCAGGCCUGCGAUGUCCUGGUGUACGCGGGCUGCUGCCCACAGUGCCGCCUCAACCCCUGGCCCUCGGGCAGCGCCGGCCCCUAGGCCCCCGCGCCCCCAGAGCUUCUAUUUUUGACACUGGAAUUGGUGGGACCCUGCCGGGUCUGGGAGAGAGGCAGAGGUGGGUGCAGCCGGGGGGGACGGCGCCAGUUUGUUUUCGUUGCUUGUUUGUCCCCCUCCAGGCCAGGGAAGGCUGAAGGGACAUCCCCCCCCACUGUGGUCACAUGACAGCUCUAGCCAAUGAAGAGCUCUGUCCCCGUAGGGGCCCCCCAGGCAGGGCAGAGGGCUCCUUCCUCCUGAGCCCCCCCUGUUCCCUUUGCAGUGACUUGGGGGGCAGGGAUUUCAGAUGCCAUCUUAAAUUGCUUUAAACCCCCCUCACCCAUUGGCCUGAGUCUUCCACCUCCCCCGCCCUUUGUGGCAGAGAUGGCCCUGUGCCACCCAUUCCCCUCCCCCCCCCCCGCCCCCCCGGCAGUCAGAGGUUACUGCCAAUUUCAGGGAUUUUCGGCUGAAGCCAUACCUGCGUCCUUGGUGGGGGGCGUCUUCUCCCCCGCCCGUGGCUGGGGGGGGGGCCAGGUGUGAAGCACAGAUCCCCGCCCCCACCCCCUGUCAGGGUUAGUUCUGUUCUCUCCCCCCACCCCGCGCACAGAAAGAGGAAAAAAAUGCAAAAAAAAAUUCACACCCACCCCCAGAAUUUUGUCUCUAUUUUUUUUAUGUAUUAAAAGUUUUAAUGAGUAGAUGAG